UUCAGAAGGUGGCGGUAACGAACCAUAAAACAUAAAAAGAGGAAGAAGAAGAAGAAGAGGAGGAGGAAGACUCUGCAGCUUCUCUCUCAAGUCCUCGUCGAAAAUGACUUUAAGAGCCGCUUUGAGGAGCAAGUCCGCCUUUUCAGGUCUUCUUUCCCAGCUGUCGUCCUGCAGCAGUCAUGGCAGAGUGUGCGUUUCUCCCGUCCUCGUUGCACAGCGGAGGAACAACUCCACCUCGCCUAAGAUCAAAGUGGAUUUUGACCAAAGUACAGGCGUGGCAGUGAUGCACAUGCAGAGUCCUCCAGUCAACAGCCUCAGCUUGGAUUUCCUCACCGAGCUGUGCAUCGGUGUGGAGAAGCUGGAGAUGGAUAAGAGCUGCCGAGGCCUGAUCAUCACCUCCAGCCAGCCCAAGGUGUUCUCAGCCGGGCUGGACAUCUUGGAAAUGUACGGAAAGAGUCCAGAGAGCUGCGGGGAGUUCUGGAAAGCUGUGCAGGAGAUGUGGCUCAAACUCUACAGCUCCAACAUGGUCACUAUAGCUGCAAUCAAUGGCUCCAGUCCUGCAGGUGGAUGUCUCAUGUCCAUGACGUGUGACUACAGGAUAAUGGCCGAUAACCCUCGUUACAGCAUCGGCCUUAACGAGACGCAGCUCGGCAUUGUAGCACCUUUUUGGUUUAAGGACACUAUGUUGAACACGGUGGGCCAUCGGACCACAGAGCUGGCCCUGGAGCUGGGCCUCCUCUACAACCCUUCAGAGGCCCUAAAGAUCGGACUGGUGGACAAGUUGGUGCCUGAAGACCAGGUCCUCACCACAGCGGCGCAGACCAUGACCAAGUGGUUGGCUAUUCCAGAGCACGCCAGACAGAUAACCAAGUCCAUGAUGAGGAAGCCAACCAUUGACAAGCUAACGUCCAACAGGGAGGCCGACAUCCAAAACUUUGUCAAAUUCAUCACCAAGGACUCCAUUCAGAAGUCACUGCGCAUGUAUCUGGAGAUGCUCAAAAAGAGAAAGGCUUAGAGGAGAGACUGAACCACGGACCAUUGAGUCUAGUCACAGUGAAUAGCUAUGGGUUGGACAGUUUCUCUCAGGGGGGAGAGAAAUUGUUGUCACAUAAAGGUCCUUCAAGUGCCUGCUUAUACUUUAUUGUCAGGACUAUGUCCACCUAAUGGAAGCCUUUUACCUUGAGCAGAUUUAUUAGUUGUUUCCGUCUUUUCAGUGUGAAAUUUCUGAAUAAACAAUUUAAGCGUCA